UUGUGGUUAUCAUUUCAUCAACAAACUCAAACAAAUGGAUCCUUUUUCAUGGCCAGCUUCAGAGUUAGAGACUGAGGGUCAUCCACUAGCUUCUGAAGAGGAAAAUAAAUUAUUAUGCCAGUCCACAUUCAAAGGUGACUGGAAAAAGGUGACAGAGUUAUAUAAAAAAACAACAGGGGUUCAGAGCACAGUGAUCACACCAGCGAGCUCACAAGACACGGCGCUGCACGUGGCCAUCAGUGAUGACAGAGAAGAAGAAGUGAAGAGUAUGGUAGAAUCAAUCGUCAAUCACAAGAACGAAAAAGCUCUGAUACUGCAGAAUGGCAGAGGGGAAACCCCUCUGCAUCGUGCAGCCACAAGAAAGUCGGUGACAAUGUGUGAGCACAUCGUGGAGGCAGGAGGGAGAAUGCAGACGGAUUUGCUCGGUAUUCCUAACAAAUGGGGCGAGACACCCAUUUUCAUGGCGGCUCUUUACGACCGUAAAGACGCCUUCAUCUUCCUCCACAAGGCUGCCAUUGUCAUUGGCAAAUACCAGCGGUACCCAGAAACACUUCUCACAAGAAGGGACGGUUCUGGAGAAAAUGUACUUCACUGUGUCAUCAGGAGAGAGCAUUUGGAUCUGGCAUUCCACGUAAUCAACAUGUACCCAGAUCUUGCGGGCAAGGCCAAUGAGAAGGGAGAGACUCCUCUUCAUGUGCUUGCUGGCAAACGUUCUGCCUUUAAAAGUGGCCUGAGCCUAUCGUGGUGGAAGGAGAUCAUAUACAACUGUGUCAAUGUCGAUCUGCCGAAAUAUGAUCCGGAAUGUUGUGGGAAAAUUAACGAGAAUGCAUGGCGACCGGCCAAGUCAUCUGGCAACCAACGUGGAGAGAAGAAUGGAGGGGAUCCUGAGGCCCCAAAUAACUCCUAUAUUAAUAAAGAUAUUCCACAGAAUUAUACUACCUGUUGCCAAGUUUCGGUGUCUGUCUACCAAAUUCUGAUUCGCUUCAUGGGAUUGGCCGGGAAUAACAUAGUUAGCAAAAUAAGGGAAGAGAAAGAAAAGCAUGCGUGGAGUGUUGGGAUAUUGAAUGCGCUCAUGGAAACUGGAGAAACAUACGUUUCUGUUACUUAUGGAAGAGGCCCCGGAAGGAGCAAAGUAUUUGAUCCAAGAAAGCAAAAUCCACCAACGGCUGGUGAAGCUCAUCAGAAUGAUAAGGAGACAGAAAUUUAUACGCCCUUGUUGGUGGCAGCCAGGGGAGGUGUAGUUGAAGUCGUGAAUAAAAUUCUAAGCCAAUUACCAGUGUCCAUCUACGAUACCACGUCGAAGGACAAGAAUAUAUUGCAGGUGGCAGUGGAGAACAGGCAACCCUGGGUUAUUGAGGCAGUUCGUAAACAAGUCAACAACAAAACAUUAAAGCUUAAUCUUUGGGACGACCUUAUUGAAUCAGUGGAUACUGAUGACAACACUGUAUUGCACUUAGCAGCCAAAUAUGAUGAUUCCAUCUCUCACCACUCGCAGGUUCAUGGCGCUGCCAUGCAGAUGCAAUGGCAAAUAAAGUGGUAUGAGUAUGUGAACUGGUUGUCGGCAAAACACUUCCUUUUCCUUACCAACCGAAAAGAAGAAACUCCGGAACAGAUCUUCCUUCGAGACCAUAGAGCGCUUGUCAAAGACAGUGAAGAAUGGCUCAAUCGUACGUCUGAAUCUUGCUCGGUGGUGGCCGCCCUGGUUGCCAGUGUUUCCUUCGCGACGUCGAGCACUGUACCCGGCGGUAACGAUGAGAAGACCGGCAAACCAACCUUAGAAGGACAUCCUUGGUUUGAUGUUUUCGCUAUCCUUGCACUUAUGGCGCUCUGCUUCUCUGUCAUUGCACUGAUCAUGUUUCUUUCCAUACUAACCUCUAAAAAACAAACCGGGGAUUUUUUGAAAAAGAUUCCAAUGAAGCUUUUUCUGGCCUUAAGCUCACUCUUCGUGUCCAUUUUCUCCAUGUUCAUCUCUUUCUGCGCCGCGCAUUCCUUCGUGCUCGAGGACAAGUUCAAGAAAUCAGUGCUUCCUCUUUAUAUCCUUGUUUGUCUUCCAGUUUCCUUCACAAUCGUAGAGUUUCCGCUCUACAAGGAUCUUGUGGAAGCCCUUGUUGUGAAGGUCCCAAGACCACACGAUCUAGGACGUAUUUAGAUCCAAUAUGGAUUGUGUUUAUCCAUAUUAUUAUAUGUUGCUUUGGGAUUCUAUCUUCCCCCUCCCCCUCAUUAUUAUUUGAUAGUAUGUUUUAAUCAAGAUUUUCUCAUCUCCUAAGUUGCAGGAUUUUACUCCUGUACCGUGACGCUAAAAAUAGGUAACUUAGUCAAGUGUUUGCCUGUAUUUAUUUUGCUUCCUGGGAUUCAUCAGUACAUCCCUUCAAGCUUCAUUUCUUGCUUUCUCAUUACAUCUAAAAUUUACCUGUCCCGUGCGUUGCACAGGAAGCAUUCGCCGACAUAUCAUAUAAAAGA